AUGGCAGCGCAAAGAACAUCCAAUGCCGUCGCGAAUAAGCGCAGAGGCAAGAAGAGGCAGUCGAGAACCGAAAUUUCUUCAUCCAGCGAAAGCGAUAGCGACAGCGACAGCUCCGUGCCAAGCCAAAAGAAUGAAUCUGUAAAAUCAAAAUCAGUCUCGCCAUCUUCGGAGGACACACCGGAGCCCGUCGCAGCCCCCGCCAAGAAGUCGAAAAAGCAGUCCAAACCAGCUGCGGUCGAAGAUGAGGCAAGCCAGAAAAAUGACUCCGCAGAAUCAACAUCGCCAUCUUCAUCGCCAUCUUCAAGCGAAGCACCAGAGCCCGUCGCAGCGCCCGUGAAGAAAUCAAAGAAGAAAUCUAAACCAACUCCCGUUGAAGAUGAGGAUGUCUCCAUGACCGAUGCGCGACCAGCUCCAGUCAUCAAGAAAUCCAAGGCUCCUACGGAAGAUUUUAGCGCCAUUUACCUGCGCAAGAUCGCUGCGGAGCUAGGCGACGACAUCGACAAAGUGCGCGAGGCGCAGGAUUUCAAGGCUAACAGCGUGCCGAUGCUGAUUCAUGCGCUGAAGCAGGGAGAAAGUAUGUUUUCGGCGGAGGAGAAGAGGAGGGUUGUGGGCGCGGCGGGGCACUAG